AUGGCUGCAGCCGGGCCGGUUCUACCUGGCUCCUCACCUUCGAACCAGCAAGCUCCCGGUAGCACCGCUCCCGUCUUCGAAUUUGUCUGUCUCUUCACACGGGACCUCCGGAGGAAGCAGAAACGGUGGCAGGAUGGCAGGCUCAAGUACCACGCCUUCAACCGGCGCGUCAUGGUCUACGAUGACCGGGGCAACUUCGUAGGGGAUACCCAUUGGCACGAGGACUACGAUUUUGGUGAGGGCGACGAGCUCGAGCUUGAAAGGGGGGGCGUCGUUGUUCAGGUAGCCGAAUGCACCGGCAGCCGGGAUCAAGACCUGUCCGAGCUCGUUGACAAGAGGGCCAAAGAAAAGGCGGAGAGGCAGUUGGCAGCGAUUGCACGUCGGGCGCCCGCCCUGGAAAUAGCCGCGCCGCAUGCCAACGCCCCUCACUUUCAGCUGAGGCACAAGCCUCUCCACCAACUGAUCGGCACACCUACUGGACACCAUGGCCGUGCCUCCAUACCUACCGAGUCUCCAUAUGAGGAGAGGCAGAAACCAGCCGAGUCGCCGCGAAAUAACAGUGUGCACCCGGCAAAAAGGAGGAGGCGAGACGUGUCUCCGCCGAGCAAGAACGGCUAUGCUCAGAGCUUGUUUGGCGCAACACUGACAUUGUCCGGUACACCUUCCAGCACGCCGUCGGUACGGAAGAUACCUUUGGGAAGGGAAUCAUCUACCCCCGCGGAAAGCCAAGCCCCAGAAUCUCCCGAUCCGAGUCGCUGUAAUGACGGCGCGGACUCUACGCCUAGAGUAGCACCUAGGACGACCCUGGACUCGCCAGCUAGGCCGCAGACCUUUGCGCCUAGGACGGCGCCCUCAAACCCGCGGCUAUUUCCAACUGCCUCGGCGAAGAGUGCACCUGGGAUCGAGACCGGAUCCCCGCCCACAAUACGCCGCAUUGCCCAUGAUGUGCGUCGGAAUCCCACCACUGGCUCCACGAGACCGAAGAAACAAGAGGAAGAAAAGCAAAUACGUGCUAUCGAGAAUGCCUCAAAACGGGUUGUGUCGGCGAGCCUAAGUCCGCGGCUCCCAGAAGCGGAGGAGACGAUAAAUGGAUCUAUACCGGUUGGUAAAUGCAAGCCGCUGAAUGAUGCGUCCCCGGAGGUUGCUUCGAAGCAAAGGGGUGCCAAUCAGCCUCAGUUCGCAGUUGGUACUGAUGCGUUGCUUCAAAACCGCGAUCUCCUUUCAGGGUUCAAGCCCAAAAGUACGACACGAGAGCUGGGCGUUGGUACGGAGCGCGAGAACCCAUUCCUGGGGGAGCAUCCCCACGAGCCUAGGACGGAACUACGCAUCAGGCCGAGGAAGAAACGAGGCUUGCUCAUGAUUUCAGAAAACUCUAAUGCUGACAGUUUGUCAAAACCACAAACCACGGAGAGUCGAAUGGACGACCGGAAUCAGUCGACCCGGAGAAGUACCGAUUCUGGGGAUUCGCACCGGACUUCGGAUAUCCCAUCUAUACUGAUAGGAAAUUAUCGCAAUGGUAAAUCGCAAAGAGAUCUUCCCGAAGAGAUGGAAGCUCACGACGGGUCCUACGAAGUAAAUAAUGGACAAGCCUUGGGACCCACAUUGAGGCAAAAGAAUGCCGUACAAGUCGGAACAACUCGAUCUUCUAGAAAGACGAAGGACGCCGAACCAGGCAAACCAGAAGGUGAUGAAUUCAGCUUCCCGAACGAUACCCCUGCUCCUCCCCGCCUUGCCAACCUAGGCCGCAAGGGUAUUCGCAGCAAGGAAAUCAUCGGGUUUAUUUUUGAGGAAGAAACAGAAUCUCCCUCUGCGCCUCAACCAAAAACGCACGGUAACGAAAGCGACGGACCGAGUCCCGCUCGCGACUCCCCACCAAUCGGGCCCUUUUCAGCCAAGCCGCCCGCGCCAGAAUCGGACCUUGCCAAUGUCACGAUUGUGAACAGCGUUCUCGAUGCCAAAAAGGGCCCAUAUCAAGAUAGAGCUACCGCCAUGGCAAAAGCAGAAUUACACGAUAGCUCUGCCUCAAGACUUGUCGAGAACCACGGUAAUAUGACUGUGUCUCACAUCGAGGAGUAUACUUCCCGCGCGCAGAAACAGAUUGGCGCGGCAUCAGUCAAAGUCAUUGCGGUAGAAGAUAUGCAGGCUGAGGUUCCUCAAAGUGCAUCGGUGACACAGCGACAGCAGCCGCCGCCAGCUGUUAAGCCCAUAGCGAACCCUGCGACUCGAGGCAAAAAAGCGGCUAAGCCUUCAGAUUCUGCCGGUCAGGUCCCACAAUGUCCUCUGCCGCCAGAAUCGACUACGGGGACCGUCGUGCCGCCUAGGACGCGUGGAGACAAUAGGGCGGUAGCGAGGCCGGGAGGACGGGCGAAUCAGUCAGCCAUCGCACCGCUGACCGGAUUCAAGAGGGCAAACGGAGGGCCGUGGAGCAGGGAGGCUCAUGAUCUCUUUGAGUUUACUCGCCCACCAAAAAAUGUGUGCGGAUGA